AUGCAAUUUUCAACUAUUACUUUCGCUUUAAUCGCCUCAUUUGUCGCUGCUGAUGUUUCAACCGUCACUGUUGAAUCAGAAACUUUAGUUACUAUUACUUCAUGUGGUCCAGAAAAAACUGAAUGUCCAGCUUCUUCAUUAUUACAAUCUUCAUCAGCUGCUAACAACUCAAUCCCAAUUGGUGUUUCAACUUUUGAAGGUGCUGGUGUUAAAAACGUUGCUUACGGUGCCGGUGCAGUUGCUGUUGCUGCUUUAUUAUUAUAA